CGGUUUCUCAAGUGCAUUCAGUGUGGUGUGUGAUGGCGAACUCUGCAAGAUCGCUGGCCGUCUGUUGAUGGAAGCUUGGCGUUACAGUGCGUUAAACACGCAGUUCUGUAACUUGCAACAGAAGCUGUUGUCGACGAUGCAAUCCUCAAAGUAAGUGAAUUCAAUUGAAGGGAGAAGUUUGAAGAAAAAUACGGAAACUUCAGCGCGCAAAUCCAGGCUCGCCGCUCGCGUUUCUCGGCACGUAACGGCUUCGACUAUGUACACACACUUAAACACGCUGUUGGUUUCAAAAUAAUUUGUUUAUCUUUUCAAGAGGAGAUUUUUUCCGUGUUUUUCAACAGAUAUCAAUCGUAGUUUAGUUGUAGGGUAGUGCUAAGUCGCAAUGAAAGUCUUUCCAAAACUGAAAAUGAACAAAGAGUUCAAAGAGCCCUUUUGGCGGUGAUUAAAUUUCGCGCAACGGUACACGUUUAUAGACUAUCGCGAAUCAUAUUAGUUCUCUAUUCUCCCCGAACAACUGCACCACGAAUUAUUAUCACAGUUGCAGCUUCUUUGAGUUUAGUGUUCGGCAUGUAUUGGCCGAGCUGUGAUUGUUUCCUCUUUGCUUCAGAUGUGAGAAACCAAAAUUUUAUAUCCAGAAAGUGAAAUAUGAGACUGAAGCUUUGUUUGGUUUCCACAGCAGGGGAGGGGCUGGGAUGGAAAUUCGUCUGCAACCCCUCCCCGCUCGUCCUAUUAAACCACCAUCUCCUGAAGUCACCAUGACCACUUUUUAGUAUCAAAUGACAGUUUAGAAUUUUCCAUUGUUUUUACCCUUUUGUAAGUGACUAGACCACUUCCUUCAUGCAAGGCUUGAUCUCCGGUGGGGGAGGGGGGGGGGGGGAUUCUUUCAUAUGGCCUAUACAGGGAUAUGCUGCUGGUCAGUAGGCCUGUUCCAAUAUUGUAGGCCUGUUCCAUUAUUGUGCUCAGCAACUUUAGAUCAACUUUUGGUAUUAGGAGCAACAUUUUAUGGUUCUAUAGCAACCGUUGCCUGCGUGCAGACGUCUCCUAUUUCCUUUGCUGCGUGCGGAAAAGGGAAUGCCGUGUGCAACAAAGGAAAUAGGAGACGUCUGCACACAGGCAAUAGCAACCUCAACCUCAAGCAAUUUUUGAGCAAAAUAUAGGUUUAGAGCACAUAUUAAGCAUGAAAAAGUCCACCAUCUCAUAGGAAACUUCAAUUUAUCGGAAUUUUUUAAAUGUCAAGAGAGGAUUGUCCUCUCUGGUAAAUAUAUAGCAAUCUUUUGAACAAACACAAUCUCUCACUUGUCCGAGUUUAGCAGGCCUAAAAGGACAAUUAUUGUCCUAUGAAUAAUAAUUUAAUAAUAUUAGUAUCCUUAAAUUUUUAGCCCAUAUUUGCGAGCGAUACUUUAAAGCUUAGUUUUAAGCUAAAUUUCUGGACCAAUAUUAGUAAUUAUUGUGAAGAAAGAAAACUAAAGCUUUAAAUUGAUGUUUAAUUAAAUUUAUCCAGAAAUUUCAGUAGCAACUUUUUAAAUUUUUGGCAUUCUAGUUAGCAACUUUCCAGCAUUUUAUGAGCAUAAUCGGGACAGACUAUUGAUCAGGGUAUAGUUUUUACCUCUCUGCCCUAAACAGGACAUAUAAUUUCAUAUGGGUCUGUCCUAAAUAGGGUACCGGUAUGUAAUUUGUGUGAGUCUGUCAACAGGGUUUUGCCGCACAAUUGAUUUGAUUUGCUAGAUGAAUUUUGUUUGCACUCCAAGUAAACACAAAUGUACAAAAGCAAUGACUAUAACAUAAAUUCGCUCUGUUGCAAUUGCCAGUAAAUGGCUUGGAAACAAGACGGUGUGCAUUUUGUCCUUUAUGCCCUAAACAGAGUACUAAAAUAAUUUUACUCAACCAAUAUUUCAGUAUAGGUGAGUUGUGGAUUCGAAACCCUGACCCUGUUUGGGGCAACACUCUCAAUUAUUGAGGGUGUAAUCUGCGAGAGGUUUGACUGUUCUGUCUUAUUACAGCUUUAGAUAAUAGGCUGCUUUAGCAACAUCAGUUGACAACAGGAAAACGUGCGGAAAGGACCAAACACAACUUCCAGUGCCCAACUUGCUGCUCUGCCAUUGGUCAAGCCAGUUGUUUGAUUUGCAUACGUCGUCGUGAACUGACAUUCCCACUCUGUUGCACUAAAUCAGCUUAAUUUAUGUUGUGAUGACUGCCACAGUUUUAUUAAUUUUAUAUUGUUCUUUCCCAGGGAUCUCAAUUCAACUAGUGGCGAGCCAAUGGACAGUGAUUUUUACAAUAACAAUGCAACAAAUUGUAAGUCUGGUGUUAAGCGAAGAGCAGUGGAUGAUAUACAAAACAACAUUUCUCAGGUGAUUGAGUCUGUUAUUGCAACCUCUGUUAAUCUUGUUGUUUUGAUUUUCUCAUGUUUCUCUUUUGAGCACAAAUUUAAUGAUGGGUCAAAAUAAUUUCAAAAAUCAGUAGAAUGUGAAAAAAUUGGUAUGUGUUACAGGUCAUAAUAUUCAGGUUAAACUUUUUUAACCUAGGUUGAUUCUCAAUUUCCUUUGCCUCCUAGCCCUGAUGGAUUCAUGAAUAGUUGGGCUAGGAGACAAAGGAAAGAAUAAUUGUUAAUCAACUUAGGUUAAAGAAUUUUAACCCGAAUUUAAUUGUGACCUGUUACAUAAUUAUAUUCUUGUAACUUCCAACUUACCAAAAAUCAACUUUUCAGCUCAAAUAGUAUUAUCUACUUCAAAAUUAAAAUGAAUAAAAUUAAUAUAGGAUGUUCAUACAAUCAUGUAACUAGUUUUAAUGUUAAGAAUUCAAAAAUUUAGUAUAAAAAUAAGUAAGCAACCAAAUGUAAAGAUUUCAACAAACUAUCCACUAUUAAAAGGUACCGAUAAAUCCUUGUACACAUCUUGUAAUUAAAAUUCUAAAAUUUAAUAUAAAAACAAGGAAGCAAGGUUAUCAAAUGUGAAUAUUUCAACAAACUCUGCACCAUUAAAAGGUACUGAUUAAUCCCUGUACACAUCUUGUCAAAAUUUUAAAAGUACUGCACUGUAGAAUCCCAGUUUCGUAACUUUCCAGUAAUUCAAACCAAGUGGCCUACCUUCUCCAGUCAAAUGCUAUAAUCUUACUUGCCAUUUUUUAUUGUUUUAAUGCUCCUUAUAACUUGAACCAAUUUCCUUUUCCUCAGGGAGUUUUGAAUAUUAGGGAUUACAAUAUAAAUAUAUCAAAAAACAAGUUUAAUUUGGUGGCACUCAGCCAGUGUCUUUAUGACUGUACCACAAACAGAAUUUUUUUAACGAGUUUUAAUCUUGUGGAUCAAUAAGAAAUAAAUCUGUACGCUGUUUUCCCAAUAAUGAAACAAAAAUUCUCAACACAACUGAGACCAACAAGCUAACAACAUUUUUUCCAAACUCUUAAAAUUUCAGAAGAAACAAGCUGUGAGCAUGAUGUAUUGAAGAAGAAGCUGUUUGACAAACCAACAACAAGAACGUCAUAAAUACAUGUACUUGCCAUUUUGUAAACUUUUUGAACUAAAAUGCUAUCCUUUUCAUACUAAGAAAAUGUGUUGAAUAAUCUAUGCCAAAUCUGUAACAUAGGGAACAUGAACUUAGAUUUUAAUAUAUAACAUUUUGUAUGUACCUUUGGCAAGUCUUCUGUAUAGAAAUGACUUAUAAUGUUAAACAAUAAUUAAACUUAAACCGUAUGAAACUAUGCUUAGCUCAAAAAAUAAAGAUAGGUUUUCCAUUUGCUAUUUUGUUGCUUUUUUAUAAUUAAUAUAUUUAAAAAAUUGUCCAACAUUUUAUUUUUUCAGCAGACAUUUUAUAAAGCUACAUAAAGGCUUUAACAGUCAGUUUCUAUUUAAGAACACCAAUAUUAUUUUAGAACUGACUUCUAGUGUAGGAAAAUUUUCAGUCAUAUUUACAUGUUGUACUUCAUAUUAUUUUAUUUCCACAUAGACUGGUCAGAUACUUUUUAUAUUUUUCUUUGCCUUGAUAUUCAAGCGAUUUGUAAGAUAUCUAUUUAUCUAGAGUGUUCUAAACUGAAACAAAUCAGCUUGUGUAUUUGUUUUUUUACUUCAGUGUGGUAUAUGUAAUGAAUUUUAAUAAAUUCAUUUUUAUUUUUAACUGGAAUUGAAGUAUGCAUUUUUUAAACUUCCUUUUUGUAAUACUCUGUCCCAGACUAAGGAAACUGUUUGAAAACGGUACCCCUUCACAUAGGCUUUUUUUUUUACCCUUGACUGUGUAUGUAGUGGAAAGAACCCUUCCCCACUCCCUCACAUGGCUGCAGAAAUAUAUAACAAGUAACUACUUUGUGGGUCUUGUACAAUGUGUAUGGCCCCAUCACCAAAUUCUUGCUAUGACUUGUAUUAAUAAUGGAUGUAUACCAUCACUCACAGAGUUGAUUGCAAAGACAAGCGAUGUAAUGUUAAUAAAAGUGAGGGUGGACAGAAACAAAUAACACCCCUUCAGCAGCAUUUUUAUGGGGUUCAAUGUAUUUUCCAACAUUUUGCAAAAAAGGAAAUUUGGGACUUGUGGUGAAUUUGAUAUUUUGUAUGUGAAAGGGUUUUAACAGCAACAAUGUACGUAAUGCUGGUUUUAGGAGAAAAUUGGAAAGUUAGAUGAAAACUCCAUGUGGUCCAAUGAUUUCUGCCUGAAAUUAGAUGUGUACACACAGACAGAGGCCUCAUAUGUAAAAGAAAGCUGCUCCAAGUCUUUGGUAAGUCCUUUUGUCUACCAUAAAUCUUUCUAAGGUGGCCGUUUUGGAGAGAUUCAGCUGUAUAAAGGGUAUGUUUUGCCCCAUCACCCCUAGUCUGCUACACAGCCGUUAUUAGUGUUGUCACGCAAGGAGGCGGGGGGAGCAUUGCGUGACGACACUAAUAACGGCUGUGUAGCAGACUACAUCACCCCUGCCUCUAUGAUUGUCUAGUACCCUUAAUCUAUGGUACAUGGAGGGCAAACAACUUAUACUUGCAGCUGCUUCUUACUGCUAAAACUGAGUUCUGCUUGAUUUUUUUUAAUCAUAAAAUUCUUAUCCUGAAUAAUAAUUUUGUAGUAAUAGUGACACUGAAUACCAAAUAUAUAUUUCUCUUAUUCAGUCUUUUGUUAGUGACAUGGUUCAAGCAAAUAGUAGAAAGCUUGAAAAGAUUGAAAAGUUUUUGGAGACGCUUGAGUGCAAGAUUGACAGUUUUCUUAUGGCAAGUGAUCCAGGAAGUGAAAUCUUUACACCUAACAAAAAGAAAACAGAUUUGGUAAGCAUUUUUUUUAGGCAAGUUUAUUCAUCUGAGAGAGGAUGGUAAGAAAAAUGAUAGAGAAGUUGUACGGGAUUUCCCCCGGCUACAAUGAGCAUGACGCGGAAAAUAGAACCAAAAUUUACUUCCAAGGUGCUCAAUUGCCCCACCUACUUUUUUCUUAUACAUGGUACAUUCAAAUCUUAGCGACAGCCUCAAGGUUGUGAAUAGGACACUUUUCAGUUAGUUAAAGACAGGAUUGUAAAGUUUAAAUGCAAGUUGACUCUUUAAAACCUCUAAUUUCCUAAUGCAAGCUAGAGGGAAUGUGAUGAACAAUGGACAAAACAAGUACAGUUGCCUGGUUAAAUUUUGAGACCGUGAGUUAACUGCCCAAAUCAGGAGUGUCACGGUCAAACCGUGAGAGUUGAAAGGUCUGCAAACUCCGGUUUGUUACUGACAAUAACUUUGAAUGGUUUUUCAGAUGUCCUUGAGGCACCCACUUGCACCAGAGGCAGACAGUGGGAUGACUGUGCCCGCAGGCAUCGUGAUAUCACCAAAUAAAAUUGGUGGAAGCCCCAGGGAUACCAAUGUUCCAGCUCUUGCAGACAGCACCAAAUCACCUAACACCUGUCUUUCGCCUAGCCUGAAUCCUUUUGCCUCUCGUGUAGAGACCUCAGAUGUUAACAGUACUGCUUACUGGAACCAGGGCUUUCAGCAAGGGCUAGAGGUAGCUACAAGACAGCUGCAACAAGGAUCACAGCCCAGACCUGUGAUGUCAUCCGUGCAAGUAGCGGAAACAGCUGCUAGACCUGUUGUCUUGGAAACAAAGUCGGAUUCACUCUCUAGAGGACUGGACAGAGAUGACUUAGUGGGUGAUUCUGAUCGCGUGGUGCCUGUUAUAAUCUCUUUAGGGGAUAAAAGCAAGAAAAGCGUCACAGCAGAAAUUCAAAUCCAGGAUAUAGCGAAUGGGGCUAUGUGCACAUUAGAAGGUAGGGGAGCCAAAGUAAGAGUGGCCUGCGAACAGCAGACGCAUUUCCGGUCGUCGCUUCUCUCCCUUCGCAAAAAAUUAACGACGACCGGAAAUGCGUCUGCUGUUCGCAGGCUAAAGUAAGAGAUGUAGCUCUCUCCUUUUCAAAGCGUAGGCCACGUUGCGGUGUGGUUAGACUGUGCACAGGCUACUUUCCAGUUUGUCUGUUAAUCAACUAAAAAUAAGCGCUAUAUAAUAGAGAACUGUGAAUGUCUAUCUGUUGCAAAUUAGCUGCUUACAAAGAUCGUUCUCUUAACGACCAGAUAAGCUUGGGUGGCAGGCGCGAAAUAGGGGAAGGGAAGGGAGGGGAGGGGAGGGGGAGACUGGGAGUAGCCUAAGAAAACAGCCUACAUUUCGCAACGCCACUACUGGUUUCCGUGCGAAAUGACGUCUGAGAAAUGAGUGCAGUCAUUUUGGCAGGAAAACCCAGCGUCUUCAAUGGGAGCUGGUGGCCAGCAAUAUUUGGCGGCUAUUUCCGGUGAACUCGCCGACUACUUUUCUUUGGAAAUUACCCCAGGUUUAAAUAGAUUAUUCAUGUGCUGUCACUGAAUAACAACUCCAAAAUUUAAUGAUGUCUGUAUUCUGUUCAAACACUCUAAUUUUUGCUCCAGAAUGCUGAAAGUGCAUUCUAAGAAGCCCAGAUUUCAAAAUUUUCCAGAAACUCGCGCCUCUGCGGCAAGUUUUUUCCUUUUCCACCUACUCUAAAGCUUUUGCCACCUACUUAAAAUCUUACCAGCAGGGGAAUCACGAAAUGUCGGGUGUUUCCUUAGGCUAGGGGGAGAAAAGCACACUGAAGAUUCCAUAUUCUAGUAGACUGUUCACAGUCCUCUAUUUUUCCGUAAGAUCAUCGACAUCGAGCGCUUUGCGUUACGGGCUGCCAUCUUGCAUGAGUGUCAAACCCCCUAGAUACAUUUGAAAAUCAAGAUCGCCGCAAUUAAUGGUAAGAUGCACAAAAUCUCGACGAUCUCACGAAAAAAUAGGGGACUGUGUACAGUUUAAUAUUCAAGGUGUACAGAUUCCAAUCACAUCCCCUGAGUAAUUAAAGGAGCAGGACACAUGUUAUGGGGGGAGGGGUAGGGAUCAGGGAAAAACAAAAAAUAUAGAAUCUUCUUAAUUUAAAUUGUUUGUUUUGUUUUGAGUAUAUGUAUUCGGGCUUGAAUUGUCCCGAACGAGGUGACCUCAAUUUCGUAUUUAUCAUUUGUUCAUAGGGCUCCAACACGUUUCUUAUUCUCAGGGAUGUUGGCUUGGCGACAAGACAAACCCACAGUCCCGUGUGUGGUACUGUGGGGAUACAAAGAUGCUGAGUCGUGCCGAGGCCUCUGGUUCAAACCCGGCCAAACUUUCUCUCAAUCUUCUUGAAGCCUUGUUUAGUAGGGACGAGAUGGCCGCGUCAAAUAUUAACGGGGCACGUGGUCGAGAACUGCUUGAUCCAAUCAAAAUAAAGGGCAUCCAAGGUGAGUUUUGCAACCGGUGCUCGGCGGACUGCCCGGCGCGGGAAAAGGUGGGAUAGGGGUCAAGUGUGAAAAACAGGAGGUUACAACCUUUCCGAUCACGAACUGUUUGAGCACAUGCAAUAGGUGCCACGCAAGGGCAGCAAAACAUGAAACAGUCCCAGACAAAGAAAACGUGAUCUUGGUAGGGCUGGGUCCGUCAAAUUAUGCCGUCAUAAUUUUGAGCAUAAAUGCUGUACAACUACUGUAUUGCAGUUCUGAAUAAACUGUAGGCUAAUUUUUGCAGCCAACGCCAGGUAGAAUGUGAACUUCAAAGAAGUGUGCCCCGCGCUUUUUGGCAUACGGGUUAAUUAACAUGAAUGUCAAUUAUUUAAACAUCGCCUAUAUUGUUAUUUUUUUUUCUUUCUAGUUCACAUCAACCAUAAGUUUCCAAUUGAGUCAGAUAAAGAAGAAAUGCGAUGGCGCUUCAUUAAACCGCGAAUUGACAGCAAAUGCCGGGCGCAGCGCAGGAUGCAGCGGGAACAACAAGCCAAGCUCGAUAAUUCCCUCCGGUUGGGUAGUUCCGAGCGGACGUACCGUGGCACUCGCCCCCGUCUAGACCCCAGGGAAAAAGACCAGCUGCUGUACGGUUACAGCAGAACACCCGACCUCGUGGUCAGGACUUCUGAGCCGGAAGCAGCCGUGGGUAGUCCACAGGGGACUGGGAUGGAUGUCGAUGAAAGCCAGUUAAAUGGCGCGAACCACCUGGAGCAGUUGUCAGAGAAUGAAGCCAUCGUAGAGAUAAGUGGGAGUCCUGUGACCGUUGAAUGAGUUUAGCCUUUGGUAAUGAGAUACCUGUAAAUGAACACAACGAAGCUAAUUAGUGUUAUUCCUGUGAACAUGCGCUCAUUAGUGGACGGGAUCGUCUUCUAUACUUCUGCAGGAGCGUAUAGAAGAAUAUAAAUUUCGAUGAAGCUUAGUAUUCUAGCUUUAAAGACUAUAAUGGGAAUGCAUGGCUAAGUUUAAAGCCGCGUGAAAAACAUAUUAGCCUGGGGUGCAAGUGGUAUUGCAUCUUUUUAGGUUAUGGAUUAUUAACCAAUCAGGGCUAGCUCUGACUUUCCCGCCCUUGGCAACAGCUAGAUGACGUUUCCCGCGAUUUUUAUUAUAUUUUAGUUUUUGGAUUUCAGUAAGUCUGUUCAAUUUGUUUUGGUCUAAUACAGCUUUUCAGCUUUUUUGACUUUGCAAAAAGAAGAAUGAAACGAAAAUUACCCGUCUUAUUCAGUGCUUUCUGCAAAACCUGAGCGCUAGACUUAAUAAGAACGUGACAACAUUGAUCAUCCUUUAAAAAAGCCCGACGAAGUUACACUCUGUUAAACAAAUUUCGGACGCGACUUGAAAACUAAUGAGCUCUGAAUUGAAUUUAAUAUCCGGCCUAUUUAAGAUCCUUUCAUGACCUUGACUUCCUCCCUGAUUAUCCAAGUAUCGAAAAGAACAAAGAAAGAUAGAAUAACUAUGAUAAAUGAGAUUUCGUAACCUUCACGGAAUGCUUGAAUUAACAAUAAGCGAAUAGCUCCUUUUCCGCCAUCUGUUAUGUCCUUAGUCAUAAUCAGUGAUUUAUACUUUGUUAAAUGAUUCCAAAGGAAGCCAGCUUCCUGCAUUGUAGACAUUUUAGUGGUUUUUGCGGACGAAAUCUUGUUUAAGCUAGAUCAACUGUUCAAACUAACGUUCCAUAGUACAAUGUGAAAUUACUGCUGAGGAGGUUUCAUUUGAAUUGU